AUGAGAACUUCGAUUCGAUUCUAUUCUAUUCCUGGAAGCGACGACGAAGGCUUUGAAGAGGACAUGGAAGCCCUAAGGAAGGCGUUCGUUCUUAGCGAGACCAACCCUAAUGACAUUCAAUGGCCCUCAACCACGGCCACCACCGUUCUUGGCGGCGCCACCUCUGACUCUGACGACGACGACCUCGAGUUGGUCCGCAGAAUACAGGAGCGGUUCUCAAUUCCCGUCGACGAGGGUACGUCGCUCAAUAUGAAUCCCCUGUGUUCGCUUCCACCGUUUGCCUCUGACGAUGACGAAGACGAUUUCGAGAUUCUUGGUGCAAUCAAGAAGCGGUUCGGUCAUUAUGAUAAUGAUAGUCUGAAACACAGCACAGAGAGUUAUUUACAUAACACUGAGCAGGUUCAUGCCACCACCAUAGCCUCGGAGACGAGCCCUAGUGAUAAUUUGUCUGUAGAUUACAGAACCAAUAUUGUUUUUGAUGGAAGUCCAGAUUGUGCGUAUCCUUGUAACAGCACCCAGAAUUUGGAAUCAUUCAAUGAGGAGACCCAGCUUUCUGGUUUAAUUGAAUGUGAAUGGCAUGAAACCAGAGAUUCUAGCUUCCCAAAAUCUGCACAGUUGAUGAUUGAUGCCAUUAAGAAGAACAGGUCCUGUCAGAAAUUUCUUAGAAGUAAGCUGAUUCAGAUGGAAGCAAGGAUGGAAGAGAACAAAAAACUGAAGGACCGUGUUAAAGCCCUAAAAGACUUUCAGUUUGGUUGCAGAAGAAGAACUGGGCUAGCAUUGUCCCAGAAAAAGGAUGCUCGUGUGCAGUUAAUUUCAGUGCCAAAGAAAAGAGCAAAUGGAAAGGUUAAUGAGAAGAUGGUUCGUGCUUUAUUAUGUUAUGGCCCUGCCGAGAAUUCUCAUGUUUCUAGUUAUAGAAUGGCAUUGACAAAUUUUCCACUCUCAUUCAGUCAGAAGGAAAGAAAGUGGUCCAAGAAAGAAAAGGAAAAUCUUGCAAAGGGAAUAAAACAACAAUUUCAAGAAGCUCUGCUUCAGAAAUCAGUUGAUCAAUUCAGUGGUAGUGUUGGGGAUUCUUCGGGAGUUUCGAAUGAUUUUGACAACAUUAUUGAAUCCAUCAAGGAUCUUGAUAUCACCUCUGAGAAUAUUAGAUUAUUUCUACCCAAAGUUAACUGGGAUCAAUUGGCUUCCAUGUACGUUCCAAGUCGCUCUGGAGCAGAAUGUCGAGCAAGGUGGCUCAACUGUGAAGACCCCUUAAUCAAUCACCGUAUGUGGACUAACACGGAGGAUAAGAAUCUUUUGCACAUUGUCCAACAGAAGGGGAUUCAUAAUUGGAUUGAUGUUGCAGUGUCACUGGGAACCAAUAGGACACCAUUUCAGUGUUUAGCACGAUAUCAAAGAAGUUUAAAUGCUAUGAUACUGAAAAGGGAGUGGACUAAGGCCGAGGAUGAUAAACUUCGUGCUGCUGUAGAAACUUUUGGCGAGAGCAAUUGGCAGCCAGUAGCUUCUACUUUGGAAGGAAGGACUGGUACCCAAUGCUCUAAUAGAUGGAAAAAAUGCCUUCACCCGACCAGGCAAAGGGUAGGGAGGUGGACUCCAGACGAGGACAAACGCCUAAAGGUGGCUGUAAUGCUUUUUGGGCCCAAAACCUGGAACAAAAUAGCUCAAUAUGUGCCUGGUCGGACUCAGGUGCAAUGUAGAGAAAGAUGGGCCAAUUCCUUAGAUCCUUCUUUAAUUCUUGGUGAAUGGACUGAGGAAGAGGAUUCAAGGUUGGAAGCAGCAAUUGCGGAGCAUGGAUAUUGCUGGUCUAAAGUUGCUGCGUGUGUGGCUCCACGUACUGAUAGUCAGUGCCGGAGGAGAUGGAAAAUGUUGUUUCCACAUGAAGUGCCUUUGCUUCAAGCAGCUAAAAAUAUACAGAAAGUUGCUCUCAUAUCAAAUUUUGUUGAUCGGCAGUCUGAGCGACCUGCCUUGGGACCUAAUGAUUUCGUUCCACCAACUAUGACAAAUUCUAUUCCUGAAUCUGAAAAUGCAAAUCCUUCUGGGAAACAGAAGAGGAAAUCGAGGAGGCGGAUAGAUUCUAAGGCAAAAGCCAAUUCUUCUAGCAACAAUCCUAUGAUCACAUCAGAUAGGCUUAUAGGGGAAGCUGAAAUUUGUUCUGAGGAAGUUUCAAUGUUAAUGAAUUACAAUGAGAUUGAGAUCUCUGGUGGGGAUGAUGCAAUUUCAAAAAAGAAGAGAGUGAGAAGGUCAUCAUCAUCUUGUCCAGAUUCAACAGUAAUGUCAACAUUAACCAAUAGUAAAGAGGUUGGGGCAUCUGAUAGGGAUAGUGCUACAAAGAAGAAAAGAGCUCCUUCUGGGAGACGCAAGAGGAAAUCAAUACCGAGUCCUGAACCCAAGGAAUUCGAUACAGCUUCUGGCAACGAUGCCAUUUCAGAGAAGAGAACACUAGUAAACCCAAUUUCAAAUGAGAAUAAGGGUAGUGGUCCAACAAAAGAACAGCCAUUAUCCUGUCCAGAUUCGAACAUAUUAAUGACCACCAAUGGUGAAGAAGCUUGUGGAUCUGCCAGGGUUGAUGCUACGAAGAAUAAAAAGGCUUCAAAAUUACAUCCUAGGAGGAAUAAAUGCAUUGAACUACCCAAGGAAGUUCCAGGAAUAACAAACUCUGAUGAGGUUGAGACCUUUGGUGGAAAUUUUGCCAUUUCAAAUAAGAGAGGAAGGGUAACUGAGGCAAACUUGACGAUGAGUGAAGGUGCCGGUCCAACAGAAUGUCAUUCAUUCUCGUGGCCAGAUUCAACAAUAUUAAUUAUAGGCAAUAGUGAAGAGGUUUUGCAAUCUGGAGGGAAUGAUGAUGCUACAAAGAAUGAAACGCCUUCAAAACUGCAGCCAAGGAAGAAUAAAACCAUUGACAUACAAGUGGAAGUCCCGGGGAUGACCAACUCUGAUGAGGUUGAAACCUUUUGCGGAAAUGGUGCCACUUCUAAGAAAAAAGGAAGGGUAGCUAGGCCACAUUCACACUCAAAGAAGAACGAAGGUACUAAUCCAACAGAAGAUCAUUCAUUAUCUAGUUCAAAUUCAACAAUGUUAGUUAUCCGCGGUGGUGUAGAGGGUGAGGCAUUUAGUCGAGACGAUGCUAGAAGAAAUACCUGUACUCAACUACCUGAGAAAAUUACAGAGAUGGUCAAUCUCAAUGAGGUUGAGACCUUGGGUGGAGGUGAAACCAUCUCAGAAUGGAGGAAAAGGUUGAUCAAGCCACAUUUAAAGCAGGAUAAAUGUAUUGAUCAAGUUCAAGAUCAUUCAUCAUCUUGUCCAGAUCCAACAUUACAUAGGAUAGUAGGUAGUGAUGAUGCAAGAAAGAAAAAAACAGCUCCUAAUCGACAUUCGAGGAGUGUAUACACUACACUUCUGCAGGAAAUCUCAGAGACAAACGAUUCUGUGGUGCUUGAGGCCUUAAGAGAAAAUGUUGCUUUUCCGAAGAAGAACAGGGAAGCAGAGCAAUAUUUAGGGAAGAGUAAAGAGUUUGGGACAUUGGGUAAUUCAUUAGUAAUGUUAUAG